UUCCCUCAGCUCUCAUGGUUUCUGUCUGUUUGAGCUGCACAUCAGGGAGGCUUGGCUGCUUUUGGAACACAGUACCUGUGGAAAUGAGUGCUUUGUAGCAGCCCUGCUCUGCAGUGGAACAGUCACUGCCCUUAGGUGUAGGCCAUAUCAAAUUAUACUGUUGUCACAAGAAAAUUGACAGCUGGAAGGAAAGCAGCUCUCCCUUGGCUCCAAGGUGGCUGCUCUGUAGCCCAAGUACAUCAGAAGUACUGCCAUGGCCCAUGCUUUGCCUACUGUGGAUGUGCUGGAGUCCUGAGAUCUCUAUGAUUGGAGAUAAAUCAGUAUUUAUCUGGAGAAGGCCCUGAACUAAUUGGAUGUUGAAGUUGGCCCUGGUUUGAAUGGGACAGGGUUGAGGCAGAGACCAGCAGAGGUUCUUGCCUAAAAUAUGUUAAGAUUCCUCAAAGGCUGAAUGGGAGACAGGGUACCACAGGCAAUCCCUGGCACUGUGUCUGUACUGGGCUGACCUCUUUAACUCGAGAUCCAUUGCUUGUUUCUGCUCCCAGCCAGUAGCAUGGUGUGUCUCAGUCCUUCCUGGUCUCCUGACUGGCUGUUGUAAUGGCUCUUUUUCCUCUCAUACCAGGAUUUCUCAGAUGAGUAGGUUUUGCCAUGCAGUUGGUGGAAUCUGCUGGAAGGUGCCACUCCUCCCAGGAUAUGUCCUCUCACAGAGCUUCAGCACUGUGGGGUCAGCCUGUGUGGUUCAUCUCCCAGCAGCAGGGAUGCUGGGCAGCUCACUGCAGUGCAGAGUUCUGCCCUUUGCCUUUCAAGGAGUCUUAGUAGCCCUGAGGAGCCAGGUUUUCUGGUUGGUGCUGUUUAUUCCAGGCUGUCUCCAGGAGGUGAAGCCUCCUGGUCCUCAAGCUGGUACUGCUUCCUCCAGCAGCUGCUCUGAUGUGCAGCCUUGUAAUAGACAGAGCUUUGAUACAUUUAAUUAUUUCAAAUACCAGGGAAUUCUGUUUGCCUUUUUUCUUUGUACUGUAUUUGGUUUUUGGUUUGUUUGGGUUUUUUUUGUUUUUUUUUAGAAUAUGAUGCCCCAGGAACCCACAUUAAACUUUUUCUGGAGUGGAUUUGUGUAUUCUGAUUUAGAUGACUGAUUUAUGUGGCAUGUUGGUGGUGCUGUUCUUCCCACCACACAUUUAAUGUAGCAGGAGAUUGCCCUGUGCUCUGUGUCCUGAUGCCCUUCUGUCCUCAUCUCCUGAGAGGGCUGGGUGCUCUACUUUUGGUCAGCAGAGAGCUGUUGGUGGUCUGAGAACUUUUCCCAGAAUCUGAGCUGCAGAGAAGCUGGUUUGAAGCCCCUUGUGAAGGUGCCAGAAUUGACCUAGAGAGCCAAUAUGUAGCUUGAGAAAGGUUUGCACUCUUGGAUGACAGACAGUGAACAGACAGUAGUGCUCACUGCCUGCUGGACAGGCAGCCAGGAGUGAUUGGAGCAGUCCAGCAGUCAUUGUUAGAGGCUCCAAGGUUUGGGAAUGAGCUGUAGUGUUUUGAUCUGGGUGGAAGACAUGGUGUAUUGGUGUCACCCUUUGUGUGGUGUCAGCAGAACAGGGAUCUAGAGCUUGAUUCAAGCUUUGCAUAGCCCAAGAAAGUUUUAGUCUGAUCCAGAGUACAUCUUUUAAGAUGAAUGGAUUGGAUCAGAUUUUUAAAAUAGUUCUAGCUUUUAGUGAAUACUCUUUGGGCUCUCAGUGCCUACUGUGAGCAGACCCUUGAUUUUAGGAAACAAUUUUAAAGUGAAAUGUACCUUCAUCCCCUUUAUGUUGCAGGUGAUUGAACCUGAUAAUUCAGUGAGCUGAGGAUCUCAAGAGAGGAAUGUUUUAGGACAAAGCUGAGUUGUUGAGGGACAAACAAAGCUGCACUUUGAUCCUAAGAGCUUUGCAAGGCUGAAUUUUAAAGACCCCGGAAGAUGGUGUCUGCUUGUAACCUGGUGCCAAGGCACUGAGAGCAGUGGAUGUCACUGGAGUAGUUGUCUCACAAAGAGAAGAUUGGCCCUGCCAGCCUGGGAUUGCUGCUGCUCCCCAGGUCAGUGAGAUGGGAAGGUCACAGGAGUAUGAGAGGUCUCCAGAUUCACUGAGGCUUCGUGUCCAGUUUCCAAAAGCUGCCAGCAGUGAGCUCUGAGCUCUGCAGGUCCUGGGAGCUGGGAACUUGGCCUUGGAGUACAUAAAAGCUUUACGGUGGCUGUACCAUGAACUCACCUUUCCACUUAGCUUCCCUGUCCCUCUCUCCCUGUGCAAUCUGACACAGCCUGUGUGUUUUCACUUCAUAUCACAGGAGUGUGAAGCCAGUUGUUGACAGAAUCCUCUUUUUGGAGGAGAGGAUUAUUGUUGGGUAUGUCCUGGAGCAAAAGCUUGAGAAAUAAUAUCCUGGGGAAAUAAUGGGUAGAUGAAACUGUGUCCUGCUGACUUCAGAGUCAGGCCUGUGGGAGCUCUGAGGUUCACCUCAGUCCACUGACAGUUUGCACAGAGCUGCAGGCCCAGCCUCAGCCCAGCUCUGUGACUGUCCCUGUGUUACCCCUAUGCCAACAGGUAAUCCCACCAGGUAACCAACUCCUUGCCUUUGGAGGCUGUUCUGCUUUGUGGCCUUGCCAUCUCCUGGCAGGUACAUUGCUGACAAAGCAGUGGGGCACAGGUCACAGCCUGCCUUGCUGACAGGUUUACAAAAUCAAAAUGGAUUCCAGGACCAAACCCAUUCUACAAAACAUCAGGAUUAAAUAUUGAAAUCCUUGGCGUUGCCUGUGUGCUUGAAAGUGCUGAGGAAGAGGGCUUUAUCAAGAGGGAGGAUCAGCUGAAGGUGGGAAUUGUCCCUCUGGCUCCUGGUGCUUCCCAGGGUGCAUCUGUGCUCCCCUGCCUUUGGCUCUGCUUCCAUGAGGCACUUCCAGCCCUAUUGCUAGACCAGAAGACUGGGGUGGAAAAGGGAGCCCAGUGAACUGGGAGAACAAGGAGGAGGAGAGGAGCAGAUAUUUGGAGGUUGCUUAUGGAAGCAAUUCUCCAGUAAGGGCAGUGGGUGGGGAGAGUAUCCUGGGACCCCACAUUGAUCCCUGUGCUUGCUGCAGCACUGCUCAGCCAGGCUGGGAGAAGUUCACUGUUCCCUACUUCUGUCAGGCAGCAGCCUGUCCUUUUUGGAUUUGUGCUUUGUGUUGGGGCUGUGCUGUCCAUCCUACUGAUGGGCCUGGGCUUCAGCAGCCAGACUGUAACUGGAAGACUGCCCUGUAGCUAAACUGGAAUGACCAGCAGCCAGUGCCCCAGAGUCCAGACACCCCCCUCCCUCUCAUCCCUCAGAGCCCAUUUGUGAGCCUGUAGUGUGCUGAGCAUAGCAAAGGGGAGCUCCCAUAACGAGGGAAUUUCCAUCAUUACCUGUAGCCAUUAAGGGGAGGAUCCUGUGCUUGUCAGUCCUGGGAUCACUCACUCUUCUCCCUUGGGAGCUGUUGAUAGCAGCACCUGAGGAGCUCAGUAAUCCUCCAGGAAGUGAGUGAUACAUCCUGGCCUUUGAUUUAGCCUGCUCCAACAGGCCUAGUUUUUAAAUUUAACGGGCUUUAGCAAAAAUUUUACUGUGUUAAUUUAAAAUAAUAAUAAUAACAAGGAAUUAUUUAUUAUGGCAAGUAAUUCUACAGGAGGGUACAGAAUGAGAAAAAAAUUUCCAAAAAUCUUAGUAAGGUACAACAUGAUGUACUCAUACUCUACAAAUGAUUCCACAAGCUUUCAUAGCAAAACGUCAGGCUUUGUCCCAGCCAAAAGCAAACAUCUUUCACCCAAUUUCAGCAUAAGUUACUGGUUCAGUGAUUGUCUGGAAGGUUAGGAAGUGGGUUGUACUCACUGCUUCUUGCUUUUUCUUCUCUCUCAAGUUUCACAGUUUAAAAGCAGAAAGGUAAUUAAACUACCUGUAGCCUGCAAAGUACAGCUGGCAGUGAGGCAUAAUCCCUCUGCAUUUACCUGUGCUUCACAGGCUCACAACAAUUGUUGAAGCAGACUUUAUUUAAAGGAAAAUAAGUAGCAAGUAAAUGGGAGUAAUUUAACCAGCCCAUUGGAUGAAAGUCAGGGUAGGGCAAGAGGAGUCAUGGGAAUGUUUAAAUCUGUCAGAAAUGUGAUGACAUAAUGAGCAAUAACUACUGUAUGUUCCAUCACUGGGCCCCUCCUACACUCACUUAGGAGUAUUUCCACAUUUCUCAUGCAACCUGUCUAUGUGACAAAUCCACACACAUGUUGCACCCAAUUAGUGUCAAGCAUAAGAGCUGCUCUGCCUGUGUCUCACCUCUCUAAACCCCUCCUGGAAGCAAUUUUCCCAGCAUACAAAGAAUAAAUCACCAUUCUCUAAUCUCUCAGAGGAUGGUUCCUAAAUAAGGACCAAGUAAACACAUGUAAUACAUGAUAAAGCAUUCUAAUUCAUUAGAUAAUCUUCCCAGCAGCAGAUGCAGAGUCUUAGCUGCUUUAAAUGUUCAAUGUUACAUGUAAUUAAAAACGUCAGGGGAGGUGAGACAAGGCAUUUGAAUAGGCACUUGUAUAAAUGUAGUGGAAUACCUGGUUUAAAAACCACAAACCCCAAUCCUUUCACCUUCUAAAAAGAUACCAAAAAACCAUAGCAAGCAGCCAAACAGACUGGAAAAGAAAAAUAAACACAAGCUACACAAACUACUCUAGGAAGUAUAACUUACUUUACCUGUGUCCCAGUCACUCCAGAAGCAUCAGGAGAUGAAGAAGUGAGAACAGAGGGAGGGAGUACAAUCCUUCCUGGGACACCAACUGCACCAUGUCAAACCAUUAGCUGAAUUUGACAAAUUACUUACAUGACCACACCUUGUGCUAUCAACAGCCACUGUGCUAUUGGAGUGGCCCAAGGAGUCUCCUUUGACACUGGCUGUCACUCCUCACAUACAUUUUCAGGUGACCAAACAUCUGCCACCUUCUGCUGUAGUGCACUGCAGGAAUUUGCCCCCUCCUUUCCUGCUCUCAUUUCCUUGUGGUGAAGGCUGGCUGGCUCAGAAAGCGUCACCUGCCAGCGAGGGAGCAGCUGCCCUGAGCAGCAAACAGCCCUGGGGUGGCCCCAGAUAACUGUCGUGGCUGAGAAGGGCUGGAGGGGAGCACCAAUGACCUUUGUGGCAGGUAUAGGAUGAGCAGAGCCAGAGGCUUUGUGUUGUCAGCACCCUGUGUGGCUGCUGGGGACAGGUGAGGUGGAGAGCACGUUUCUCUUUGCUGUCACUGGCCCAGCUGCACAGGCAUUCCACCUGUGCCUCCCUGGGAUGCCCUGAGCAGGAGGGGAGCAUGCCUGGGCUUCCAAGCCCUCAUCAUGGUGUCCCUGCUUAGCUUUACCAGAGCGCAGGGCCUCUCCCCACAGAGUGGAUUCUACAUCCCCACUGCCCCCCUGAUGUCCCAGGGAGGCCAAAAAAGCAGGGCUGGGUCUCCAACCUGAGCAGGGGCUGUGCUGGAGCCGCCGUGGGCAGGAGUGAGGGCUCCUGGCUGCUCAGGGCUACUGGGGGCCAUUCGUGCCUGAGGCAGGCUGGGAGCUGCAUCUCCUCUCUCUGUGUCAGUGGGAUUGGCCCUUGGCCACCUUCCCCAGGGCUCAGGGACAUGGGAACACAUGCCUGCAGCGUGACCUCAGGAGCCACAGGACAACGGAGCCGCCGCCGCUCACCCCGUGAGUCAGGGGAGGCCACGUGAGGCCCCAGCCCCGACGCCUUCCCGCCCAGGCUGGCUCUGGAUCCCUGACCCAGGAUCCUGAACUGCAUACAGCCGUGAAGCUGCAUUUGACAACAGGAAGGCAAGCAGAAGGGUAGCGGAAUUAUUACCAGAGCCCGAGGAGACUGGAGCAGGAAGGGUUUCAGACGGAACUUGUGUGGAUCAGUUUUUGUUGUCUCACAGGAAGAAACUCAGCUUUCACCACAGCCACGGCCCUCCAGGACGUCUUCCUGUGGAACCAACUGCUAGGACCAACCUAAGACUUGCAGGCACAGCAAUGGAGAAUUUGGAUGUCCCGAUCCCAGAUCUUACUGAAGAACAGCAAGACAUUCUUCAGAGAGCUUUUGCUGCUGAUGCCAAGUACUUGGAGGAUCAUGAGAAAAUGAACCAGUCCUUCUGGAAAUCACUUGUGAAAUGCUUGGCCACUACUGACCCACCUAUCCUGAGUACUGAAGAAAAGAACAAUCUCCUUAACAGCUGUGAUGUCCUCCCUGGAGGUUGUGCUGCCUGCCUGAAAGCCAUAGAGAAGAAAGGAGUCAGGGCAAUGGCUCUUCUUUACCUUUUGCUGAAGACUUCCAACCCAUCUGGAUACAGGCAGCUGCCCAGCUCCAAGGGAAAGGAUGAAAAAUUGAAACUCUUGAAGAGUUUGGAAAGGAAUUUUGAAUAUUCAGAAGAGGACAAAAAGUCUGAAAACUCAUCCCAGGAAUCCAUAGAUGAAGAUACACAAGACAGUGAUGAGGAAUAUUUAGGAAGACAGAAGACUGAAGGCCAGUUACUUGGAGGAAUACCAGCAGAGAUGGUUCCCUACAGAGAUUCAGAGAUUGCCAGAAGAGAAGAUUCAGAUGUAGAUGCAUAUGAGAAGGAGAGCACUCACCCACCUCAGUGCACAUGGAUGGGCAUACGGAAGGAUGAUGAAUUCUUUCAUUUUGUCAUUCUUUGCUUUGCAAUUGGAGCUUUACUAGUUUGCUACUACUACUACAAAGAUUGGACUAUUUCUCUUGGGAUUGGCUUAAUCACCUUUGCUUCCCUGGAAACCACUGGGAUAUACUUUGGUCUAGUGUACCGAAUUCGGAGUGUCCUCGACAGCUUUGUUCCUCUGAUUGACAGAUUCAGGCCAAGAGGUAUGGUGAAAGCUGCCUAGGAGGAGUAUUUCAGGAGAGUUCCCCAAACCUGGCUGUCCAAAUUUCCAGGACUAAAGAAACUGCUUUAUGAGGUGAACCUAACAACCAAAGGCUAAUGUGAAAUACUGAAAUGUGAAACCUCUGAAAAACAUCACUCCUUUCCCUCCAAAAUAAACCUGAAACUGGGGUUGUGGGCCCCUCCUCUGGAUUCUGAAGUGAUUUGGGGCUCAGCAGAGCUUGGAAGACAAUGGAGAUGUAGCUUUGUGUUCAAUUCCAUUGAAAUACAAACACAAUCACCUUCCCUGCCCCAGGCAGCCACGUGGUGGUGCAUCUCUCAUUUAACAAAACAUGCCAGUCUGCCUGUGGUGUACCAGAGCAGCAGACCAGCGUUCUGUGCUGGUUCUGGAGGGAUUCUGGCCUCCUCCUCCUCCCCCCGGUGCAGAGCAGGCAGGGGCCGGCCCUGCCCUCCCAGCUGAGCCCCGGCGGAGCCGGCACUGGGGCUGAUGAAUCCAUUGUGGCAGAACUCGGAGAAGUGGGUGGGCAGUGGUUUCACCCGAGGAGAGCUGGGGAGAUGUUACAGGCACUGACAGUGCUGUAGUAAUGAGAUUAUUAACAACAGCAGAUUUCAUCUUUUCUCAGGGGAAAAACAAAGUGCUUGAUUUGACUCAUCCCCCAACUUUUUUCUUUCUUUGAGGAAAAUAAACACAAAACUUUGACAUUCAUUUCAUUUUAUAGGAUGUGUUACACAUUGCAAGAAUGUAGGGCUACUGCAAUCAUAGGAAGACUGCAACAAAACUACAUUUUAAGUAAAAAUGUAAGGUCUUCAUACCCACAGAAUGAUGAAGGCAACCAGUUGAACAGAAAAAGCCAUAAACAUGGACUUUUAAGGAAAUGUAAAUCUGAAAGCUAUAAAGCCAAACAGUUCAGAGUUUUACAGAACCAUUUCAAGCCUUGCUCAGAAGAUUAGAAAGGUUACUUUUUGUUGUACAUGGUUUGAAGCACCAGUGUCAGUCACUCUUGCCUGCAGUUCCAGCUGCACUGCCAGAAACACCAACAGUUGCACUCAGGCCUGCACCAACACAGCACAGCUGCCACCCAAUGCCUCAAGGGCUAAAUUGUGCAAGAAGGAUAAUACAAGUUAUUUCAUAGUAUUUAUAUGCUCCUUUACAUGUCUUUGUAGAAAUAUUUCACCAUCCCAAACUACUGUAUAUUUUGUUAGUCUGCCAAUAAAGUCUUGCUCAGACCACUGUAGCCAUGCUAGUGGGAAAUGGCUUUUGGGUGAACUGAAAACUAGAGUCACCCUGCUCUG